CCAUUCGUGUAUCUUUGAAAUUCGUCCGGCGGAAGUUGGGACCUUGGCCUUGUUAUCACUAAAGAAAUGGCGAGCGGGAUAGGCAAGCAUAAAAUUCUGAAUGUUGGCCCAACAGAGCCAUGGUCAGUCAGGGAGAAACUGUGCCUGGCCUCUUCUGUUAUGAGGAGUGGUGACCAAAACUGGGUAUCUGUAAGUAGAGCCAUCAAGCCUUUUUCUGAGCCCGGUCGACCACCUGACUGGUUCUCACAGAAGCACUGUGCCUCACAGUAUUCUGAGCUGCUGGAAGCCACAGAAGCCCCUAAACGUAAGCGUGGUGAGAAGGGCGAGGUGGUUGAGACCAUUGAGGAUGUAAUUGUUCGUAGACUGACUACUGAGAGGAUAGAGGAGCUGAAAAAACUACUACGAGACACACAGGAACAGUACAGAAAGUUGAAAAAGGAAGUGGACCUGAUACAGACAGGUCACAUGGACCCCCAGCUGAAAGAACUGUGGGCAGAGAUAACAUUAAAAAAGAAGCAAGAGGAGGAGGAGGCAGAGCAGAAGAGAAAAGCAACAGAAAUGGCAUAUCAAGCUCGUCAGGCAAUUAAAAACACUCCCAAGCGUCUGCCCAGUGUCACUGUUCGGUCUCCUUUGGGGGCCAGUCCUACGAGCCUGGACUCUCAGACGGACACAUCAGCCCCCACACCACCCACGGAACCUGCAGCCAUCGUCUCAGAUGACACCAGUACCCACUCUGUCCAAGGUAUAGGUUUUUUUCUCCCAGUGUCAGAAGCUCCAGGCCAAGGGCAUAAAGGUGGAGGAGGCCUUGCAACUCUUGCAGAGGAUACUUCACAGAAGAGGCUGCUUCCUCAGAAAACGACACCACCUCCCUCUCCUCUGCUGUCGGAACUGCUGAAAAAAGGCAACCACAUCUCGGCCAGCCCCCGCCUUGUUACUGAUGGAGACACCUCUGGAAGUCUUAGCAAUGGAAUACAAACUGCUGCUGUUGUCGCCGCCCCAUUACCACCUGGCCAUGACGUCAUGACAGUGGGGGAAGUUGAAGCUGCAGUGAAGGCAGAGCUUGGUGAAGACACAGGAUUAGUAGAAGAGGACCUUGUCGCUGUCUCUUACAUGGGAGAUGAGCUAGAUCUGGAAACUGUAGGUGACAUCAUUGCCAUCAUUGAGGAAAAGGUGGAUGAUUCAGUGGAGGCUUUGGAUGCAGCAGCAGUGGAAGCAGCACUGUCUCUGUGUGAAGAGGCCGUCUCAGAAGGACACACCCUGCCAGGCCCCUGGGAAACCCAGGAAAUAAAGGAUUCAGAUCCAGCAUCCAUUGUCCAAGACUCUGAGCACAUACAGGAGGCUUGUGAUGCGGCGACACUCUCUGUUCCCACCCCUGUCAGCCCAGAUGCCCCAAAUCAACCAGAAACUACAAGCACAGAGGAACGGGUCAAGGGAAACUGUGAAUCAGCUGUGACUGAAAGUGACAUCGCUUCGUGUGACAACUCGGAAGAUGUCACUGCUGGAGGUGAUGAUACAGAAGCGGGCAAUGAAGAAAAAGGGGACACAAAUGUGGUAGUGAAGACUGAAGUAGAGGAGUGGAAUCAGCCCGAAGCGAACCCUCCAUGCCUAGAUUCUGAGGACAGUUCUGUAUCUGGCAGAGAGUCCAAGGAGGUGAAAGAGGAGGAAGAAGCAGGGAGCGAGUGCGAUCCUGAAGAAGGAAUGGAGCUGAAAGAGGAGUGCGGAGAGGGGGAGGGUGCCUAUUUGUCAGAAGUGGAGCGAGCUGCCAGUGAGAGUGAAGAUGGUUACGGGCCGCCCUCUCAACGCUACACGGCUGAUUCACUAGCCAGCAGCCCCGCCUCGUCUUCCCAGCUAUCUACAUGUGGCGAGGAUCAAGAGGCUGUGCAGGCUCAGAAAAUUUGGAAGAAAGCCAUAAUGCUGGUGUGGAGAGCUGCAGCUAACCACAGGUAUGCCAGCGUCUUCUUGCAGCCUGUAUCAGACGACAUCGCCCCUGGUUACCACAGCAUUGUACACAGACCGAUGGACCUAUCUGCAAUCAAGAAGAACAUUGAAUCCGGCGUGAUUCGUACAACAGCAGAAUUCCAGCGAGACAUCAUGCUGAUGUUUCAGAAUGCUGUCAUGUACAACUCGUCAGACCACGACGUCUAUCACAUGGCCCUGGAAAUGCAGCGUGACGUCCUGGAGCACGUUCAGCAGUUCCUGGCCACGCAGCUCAUUAUGCAAACCUCAGAGAGUGCCAUCUCCGCCAAGAGCCUCCGUGGCAGGGAGGGAAAUCGCAAACCAGGCGAGCCAGCUGAGAAGGACAUGGUCCCAAUGGCCUCUCCUGCUUUCCUUCUCUCUCUCUUUGAUGGCGGCACCAGGGGUCGCCGUAGUGCAAUGGAGGCUGACCUGAAAAUGAAGAAAUAGACUUGAGCAAGACCCACAGAGGCAAAGGAGAUGGAAAUGAGUGGUCUAGUAGUUCAGUAGAGCGAGCUGUUCAGUGUCUGGACCUUGUGUGUUAGCACCUGUGCUAGUGCAUUUGUUCUUUUCUAGAGCUGAGCAUAUGGUACGUGCUGGGGUGUUAAUGUGUCUCCAUAGAGCGACAUCUCUUUUUCUUCUUCAUUUAGCUCCUUGGACCAUAUUCAAACAUUUUGUUGGGUGGUGCAUUCAAAGACAUGCAACAUUAUGGAACAAAGAUGUUGGAAAGAUGAUAUUUGAAGACUUCCUGUUGUCGAAUCAGUUUGCUUUGUUUUUCCACCUAUUGAUCUGAAUGUCAAUUUUGAAGCAAAUGUGUUGUUGACCUU